UCAUCCACCGGGAAAAAACUCUUCCCAGCGAGAUUUCCCCACCCGUCUUCUUCCUCCGAAACCCUAAUCCCCAAAUCGGGGAAUCGGACCCAGCCCGGCGCCGCGGAAAGCAUCCCCCCAUCGACCGGCAUGGCGAUUGCUCGCACUGGCGUGUACGUGGACGACUACUUGGAGUGUGAGAUCGCCGGCUCCGAUUUGUUUCCCUUUUCCUUUCCAUUCGGGGUGCUUUUGGGCCUUUUGCCCUUAUUACUGCUUCCGUAUCGUUCCGCAGAUUCGAGCACCCUGGCCGGCGACCUGCAGAGGAUCCUCUCCACCAUGCACGAGCUCGACGAGAGGGCCCAUGGCAUUUUGGGUCAGACUAAAGGGCAGAUCAAAUUUCUCCUAGGGGUGCCAUCCCAUGGGUUCGACAGGCCAAACGUGGUGCAUGAUGAGAAUGCCUCGGAGAAGAUGACGAGGGAUAUCGAAAAUAGCCAGGACAAUGCGCUUAGUCUCUGCACGGAGAAAGUGUUGCUCGCACGCCAAGCUUAUGACCUGAUAGAGAGCCAUAUCAAACGUCUUGAUGAAGACCUAGGCCAGUUUGCAGAAGAUUUAAAGCAAGAAGGAAAAAUACCUCCAGAUGAACCGCAUAUCCUUCCUCCAAUGCCGGUGGGUGGCAGGGAUGAAAGACGGAGGUCCAGUUUUAGUACACCCCAAGCAGCAAGGAAGUUUGUCAGAGAGAAGGAAUGGGAGAGGGAUAGGGAGAGAGGUAUGGACUUCGACUUAAUGCCCCCUCCAGGUAGCAGCAACAAGAAGGCCGUUGCAUCUAUGGAUGUGGAUCAAAUGAUUGAUCCAAAUGAACCGACAUAUUGUAUAUGCCACCAGGUUUCAUAUGGUGAUAUGAUUGCUUGUGACAAUGAGAAUUGUGAAGGAGGCGAAUGGUUCCACUACUCGUGCGUUGGUCUGACACCUGAAACCAGAUUCAAAGGGAAAUGGUUUUGCCCAACUUGCAGGAAUCUUCAAUGAGAGGUUCUCCUAAAUUGUGUUGAUGAGGCGAGCGGUUCCAGUCGGUCCAGACUUUGCCCAACAUGCAGGACUCUUCAACACAAGGCUCUCAGAAGCUUUUCUUGGACAGGAGGAUACCAAAUGGUACAUGUUUCAAUUUGUAAGGAGGCUUUUACUUACAGUGUGGUCUUAUUUUGGUAAUAAUGUAUAUGCUGGAGAGAACGCAACUGUUCUGUAGAAGGAUAAAAACGCUUGGCGUGUUCUGUUGUUGUAUCUUGUUGCUGCAAAUAAUCUGUCAUAGUUCCGGAUGUCAGUAACCUGUAAACCAUUUACUUUGAUCGUGAUGUCUAUUAAGCGUCAUUGCAACC